GUGUAUGCCAACAAUUAACAGGCUUAGACUUCGCGAAUAUUUUAUAAUUCAACCGUGAGAGAGUAGGCCCUACACAACCUGUAUAGUAUAUAUAUACAUAUAUUACAGGCAUAGGCCUUUUAUUAAAGUUAAUAAGCUGUGUCAUUUUCUUGGUGAAAUACUUUUAAACUAUUCGACGGACCUGCAACACGUUUUUCGGCGGCAAAUAUCAUUUCCAAGUUCUCUUACUGCUCUUCAGUUUAUUUCGAAAAGUGUGGAUUUGACUUGGUUAUUUCGUUAGAUUUGUACAUAUCGCCUAUCUGUAGGCCUUACAUAGGAAAACAGCCGACUAAUCAAACCUGAGGAUUAUUGCGUGUUUACGUACACCUUCGAGGAGGUCUUUUUCAGGAAUAGAGUUUUGAACAAAAUUGACGCGGCUUGGCUUCUAAUAUGGCUUCAUCGUCAGUUCGAUCUGCUGGUUUGAGAUGAGCAUGGGCGCGCCUAUCAUAAGGCGCCGAGCUCAUUUUGGAGUUGGAAAUAAUUGGACUACGGUGAAAUAGUUGACCACUUGCUUGUAAAUCCCACCAGUUUGAUAAUAUCCCAACGUAGUCAUGGGUGGUAAAAAUAGUAAGAAGGAGGAGGAGGAUGAUGAAGAGGGGCUAGUAUCUUACAAUCCCUUCACCAAGGAGUCUAUGACUAAAGUCCUCCUGAAAGAAGAGGAGGAAAAGAAAAAGGCGUUAGAUAGAUUAAAUAAACCCAAGGAGGGUCGCUUGGUGGAUGGGGAGUUGAGAUUCGAUGAUGAGGAUGAUGACGGUGAUGACGUGAACCUAGACAAGGAUCCAGCGCUUGUUGAAGGGAAUGUGCUACCAGAGGCACACUACGGCACGUGCCCUCGGGAUUUACUGGGCAAACCUCUCGAGGAGAUUGACAGGUUCAUCAAGGACAGGUCAUUCAUCGUCAUAAACACCCGCAUCAAGAAGCGUUACAUCUACCGUUUCUCUGCCACCAAAGGCUUCUUCCUGUUUACUCCAUGGAACCCAUUACGUAAGGGCUGCAUCCUGAUUGUGACGAACGAGUGGUUUGACUACUUCAUCAUGUUGACCAUCCUCGCCAACUGUGUGUUCCUCGCCCUUGGAAAUAGUUCUCCAGCAGUUGCAGAAUAUGUCUUCACAGCAAUAUACACCGCUGAAAUGAUCCUCAAGAUGCUGGCAAGAGGACUGAUUGCAAACAAGUACACAUAUCUACGAGAAGGAUGGAAUUGGUUAGACUUUGGGGUGAUAUUGUUAGCAUAUACAACUAUCAUCUUAGCAGAGACGAGAGUCAGUGGAGUUGGAAACCUAUCAGGUCUUCGGACACUCAGAGUGCUCAGAGCUUUAAAAACAAUCUCUAUCUUUCCGGGUUUGAAAACUAUAGUCAAUGCCUUACUGCGUUCCAUGAAGAUGUUUGCAGAAGUGUUAACCCUCACAACAUUCUGUAUGAUGGUAUUCGCCUUGUUUGGAUUACAAGUUUACAUGGGAGUAUUACGUAAUAAGUGUGUCUUGAACUUUGAUACAACCGGCCUAUCAAACCUUAGCCAUGUUCAUCAGUACUAUAACUCUUGGAUAAAAAAUACUACCAACUGGGAGAUGUUCGAUGAGAGCUAUCGGGUUUGUGGCAACAUCUCUGGAGCUGGAGGUUGUGCCACUGGAUAUAGUUGCCUACCAGACAUCGGGGAGAAUCCAGACUAUGGAUACACAAACUUCGAUCACUUUGGAUUUGCGAUGCUGGCGUCGUUUCAACUGAUCACUCUUGACUUCUGGGAGAAUCUUUACAACUAUAUCAUCCGAGCAAGUGGCCCUUGGAAUAUACUCUUUUUCAUCAUGGUUGUUUUCUUUGGAUCAUUUUACCUCGUCAACUUGAUGUUAGCUGUCGUCACCAUGUCGUAUGAGGAGGAAGCAUUGAAUGAUGGGAAGUAUCGUAGCGAGCAAAAGAAAGAGAAAAAGAAGGCAGAGAAGGAGGAAAAAGAGAAGGAAAAACAAGCCAAGGCAAAGAAGAAGGCUAAAGCUCAAGAGAAGAUGAAGUUUGAUCCGAAGAAGUUACAAGCUAAGAUAAUGAAGAAGAAGGACGAUGGGGAUCCCAGCAGUGCUACAUCUACGAGAGAGAAAGAUCCAGCGAAUAAAAGUCAGGUUAGCCUGAAGGGCAAGGAGAAUGGACAAGUGGUAGGAGGAGGCAAAGCUGCACCCAAGGAUGACGGGAAGAAAAAGAAGGGGAAAGUUAGCCCGGUGAAGCAGGACAGCGUACAGAGUAAUGACACUGGUGUUGCUAGUAGUAUUGGUAGUAUAAACAGUACAUCUAAGCCAGAUCCGAAGCUGCGAAAGCUCAAUAAACAGAACAGCUUGGAUAUUAUGGGCACGAAGAACAGUACGCCCGUCGAUUCAGGAAUGGGGAGCACGGAUCGGUUGAUAGAGGAACUAGAGCUAACGUCACAGCUCGGAGAUGAAGAUAAGGACGAAUAUGACAGUGAUUCCGAAGAUGAUGGUGAUACGCAUUCCAUAGUUGUUGUUGAUGAAUAUGGCAUGAGAGAGGAUACGGAGAAGGAAUACAAGGAUCGGAACUGUCUGAAGUGCAAAGCUUGCUGCAAGUGCUAUUUCCCUUGGCUCAAGUUCCAAAAUGCUAUGUAUAACUUCACAAUGGAUCCACUAUUUGAGCUCUUCAUCAUCCUAUGUAUUGUGCUGAAUACUCUAUGUAUGGCCAUCGUCUCGCAUGGCAUGUCUGAAGACUUGAAAUCUGGCUUGGAGUAUGCUAAUUACGUCUUCACAGGCGUAUUCACCAUCGAGUGCAUCUUCAAGAUCCUGGCGAUGCCAAAGUUAUAUUGGAAUAACAAGUGGAACAUCUUUGACUUCUUCAUCGUAGUCGUCAGUUUAAUUGAUGUCAGUCUUCAAGGGAUUAACGUGCCUGGAUUAUCGGUAUUCAGGACAGUGAGAUUGUUCCGUGUCUUCAAGCUUGCCCAGUCUUGGGCGACCAUGCGCCUCUUACUCACCAUCAUCUUCAGCGCCCUGGGCUCCCUCGGCAACCUGACCUUCAUCCUGGCUCUCUUCAUGUUCAUCUUCGCCGUGAUGGGAAUGCAGUUAUUCCAGGAUUAUUAUACAACUGCGUAUUUCCCGGAGGGAGUACCAAGGUGGAACUUUACUGAUUUCUGGCAUUCGUUGAUCCUGAUCUUUCGAGUAUUGUGUGGAGAGUGGAUUGAGCCGCUGUGGGACUGCAUGAGAGCCUACAAUGAGACUUGCAUGGUCGUCUUUAUACCUACGCUCUUCAUUGGAAACUUCAUGGUUUUGAAUCUCUUCCUUGCCUUACUGUUGAAUUCGUUUGCAUCUGACUCGCUCCAAAAGAAGGAGAAGGAAACGAAGCAGGAGACGUCCAAGUUUAAAGCAGCAUUCCAGCGGCUGAAGAUGAUUCUGAGGAUCAAGAAGAGCAUUUCUGUUGAACCAGAGAAAAAGGAAGAAGAAGAUGGGGGUGCAACCAGUAAAGAUGAUGAGGUUGAGAUGCUCGAAAUUACAGCAGAUGGGAGUGCCAAAACAGUUGACAAGAAAACAGCUAAUGGUCACGCUGGAAAUAAGAUGUCGAAGUCAGUAGAAGCCUUCUCCGUUCCUCGAGAGCAGUAUUCAGAGUUUGGUAACACACUUGAAGCUAACAAGGUCUCAGUUGACAACGCCGAUGCGGUGUCGCGUUCAAAAUCCAAAACAUCAAUCAGGUCCAAACAGUCUGUGCGCAACGAAGAGAAGAGGAAGGAAAUGGAGAAGAAGAUGAAGAUGUCUGAAGAUGAGAACCAGGAGACUUCCGGUGAAAUCGUUGUGCUUGAUUGCUUCCCUCUUGCCUGCACAAAACGGUGUAAAUGUUGUCACUGUUGCGAUGAUGCUGCAUGCAUGCCAAACUGGGUGAAGUUCCGCAAGGGAAUGAUCAGAGCUGUCGACCACAAAGUGUUCGAGGCCAUAAUUCUUAUACUCAUCCUGGGCAGCAGUAUCUCGUUGUGCUUUGAAGACAUCUACCUGGAGUUUGACCCUACAAAACAGCUCGUUCUGCAAUAUCUCAACUACGUAUUUGCUAUCCUCUUCACAAUAGAGAUGCUGAUGAAGUGGGCAGCCUAUGGCUACAAGAAGUAUUUUACUAGCUUUUGGACUAUUCUUGACUUCCUGAUUGUACUGAUUUCCUGGACCAGCUUGAUAGUGGACCUAUUAGGUGGGGCAAACAUAUCAGCAUUUCGUGCAUUACGAACCUUACGAGCAUUCCGACCACUCAGAGCUAUUUCCCGCUGGCAGGGAAUGAGGAUUGUUGUUAAUGCUCUGAUGUUUGCCAUUCCCGCCAUCUUCAAUGUUUUGCUAGUCUGUCUCAUCUUCUGGCUCAUAUUCAGCAUCAUCGGUGUACAGGUCUUCAUGGGGAAGUUCUUCAAGUGUAUCGAUACCGAUGGAAACAGAUUGGAUCAUACUAUAACACCGAAUAAGACGGUGUGCAUAGCGAAAGGAUACACGUGGAAGAAUUCCUAUGUGAAUUUUGAUGAUGCUGGUCAGGGGUUCUUGGCUUUACUUCAAGUGGCGACCUUUGAAGGGUGGAUGGAGGUCAUGGUUGAUGCCAUUGAUGCUACAGCAAUUGAUGUCCAGCCUCAAAGAGAAGCCAACUUCCCAGCUUAUAUCUACUUCUUUAUCUUCAUUGUGUUCGGCUCAUUCUUCACGCUCAACUUAUUCAUUGGAGUCAUCAUUGACAACUUCAACAUGCUCAAGAAAAAAUAUGAGGGGACAUACUUGGAUAUGUUCUUGACCAGCAAUCAAAAGAACUAUUACAACACACUCAAGAAACUUGGCAAUAAAAAGCCUCAAAAAACAAUAAAAAGGCCAAGGAACAAGUGCCAGGGAUUCUUCUUCGAUCUUGCCAUCAGCACGAAGUUCGAGCUGGCGAUUGUCAUCCUCAUCUUCCUCAACAUGAUCGCUAUGGGAGUCGAACAUUACAAACAAUCACAAGUCAUCACUGACUCGUUAGAGAUUGUCAAUAUCUGCUUCACUACGGUGUUUACUCUUGAAGCCAUUAUUAAGAUCAUUGGCUUGAGGUGGCAUUACUUCAGAAGAGCGUGGAAUGUUUUUGAUUUUAUCAUUGUGAUAUUAUCUAUAGUCGAUAUAUGUGCAGGUGUUAUAUUAGAUGACCUUUUGAAGGACGUCUUCAUCACGCCAACCCUGCUUCGUGUGGUCAGGAUAUUCAGGAUAGGUCGUGUCCUACGCUUAAUCAAGGCUGCAAAAGGCAUUCGAAAACUCUUGUUUGCAUUGAUUAUAUCCAUUCCAGCUUUAUUCAACAUCGGAGCACUUCUUUUCUUGUUCCUGUUCAUAUUCGCCAUAGUUGGAAUGAGUAGCUUUGGUAAAGUGAAGCACACCGGUGCGCUCAAUGACUUGGUCAACUUUGAGACGUUUGAGCGUAGUAUGUUACUCCUGUUUCGGCUGACAACAUCAGCAGGUUGGAAUGACAUCCUCGACCCCUUGUUCAUACAGCCCCCAGAUUGUGAUCCGGAGUAUUAUACCAAUCCCGUAGGGGUCAAGGUUAAAGUUCAAAAUGGCGACUGUGGUACUCCAUGGCUGGCAGCUGCAUAUAUGAUCGCCUUUGUCUUCUUAACUUUUCUCAUCAUUAUAAAUAUGUACAUAGCUGUGAUUCUUGAAAACUUUAAUCAGGCCCACGAGCAGGAGGAAGUGGGUGUGACCGAAGAUGACUUCGACAUGUUCUACGUCAUCUGGGAACGCUUUGACCCGCACGCUACUCAGUAUAUAAAGUAUGAACAGCUAUCAGACUUUGUGGCAGAUUUAGAUGAACCUCUAGGUAUUCCGAAACCUAACGAAAUAGCACUUGUGUCCUUUGACUUGCCGAUUGUGAAGGGUGAUAAAAUCCACUGUUUAGAUAUUCUCAUAGGGCUCACUAGACAUGUGUUAGGAGAUGUGGAGGCUUCGAAUGAAUUCAAGGAGUUACGAUCACAACUUGAGGAUAAGUUCAAGGAGUCGUUCCCCACGAGGAUUAGCACAGAUGUGGUAUCAUCAACGAUAUUCCGUAAAAAAGAGGAUGUCGCAGCAAAGACUUUGCAACGAGCUUGGCGGCGGCACAAAGCUGAGAAGACCAUGCGUCAGAUCACAGCCCUGGCUAUGGAGGCGGCAGGGAAAAGACCAGGUAGUGCUCUUAGUAGACGUUUUUCCUCGCAAAGAAGUUCGUUAAAUGCUAGUUUCAAUUUGCCAGGCACGAGUAAAGGCAAGACUGGAAAUAAGCUAACGAUUCCGGUAUAACACAUCCAAAAUCAGUGGCUUUUCAGUUGAGUAUUGCACACAGGCAGUGAUCUGAAGAAGUGUCCUGCAUGGUCAAGAGGGCCAACGGUACUGUAUCUUGCACUCGGUUAUUCCCGAAAGCUGAAAUUGGGAUAGGCCUAGUUCCGGUGGUAGUGUCCAAUCAAAAGUGAAGAAUUCGGCGUGCUCAUUUGCAUCGAGCCAAUCAGGAGGCUCUAUUGUGGGGUUAGUCCCCGUCAGAUUCUGCUGUUGGAAUUCGGCGAGUGGUCUGUUUAUUAAAUUAGAUAAAACAUCUUGGGAACUUCUGAUAUUGCUGUUUGCGAUGCUCUUCUGAUGAUAAGCUCUGAUAUUCACUGCUCAAACUACAACAUUUGUGUCUAUUUAAAAUAUGUUUCGUGUUGAUUGCCAUGCUGCCUUUUAACUGCUGGUUUCGACCAAUCAGGUUGGCGUAUCUGUGAUAUAAAUCAACGAACUGUAGCUUAUGCAUACGACCAAGAAUACAUAAAGACUAGUCUUUAUGUAUUUUUGAUACCAUAGUUAUCAUAAAAUCAACUGAUAUUGCACUGAUGCGAACGGUGAACUCUCUUCCAAAAUGUGCUCCUUCGUUAAAAUCCAUCAGUGUAAUCGCUCUCAUAGUCAUUUUUGUUCUCAAAAAUAUUAAUAAUCUAAAUUAAUAGAAAUAUUGUACAUUUGUAGAUAAUGCUGAAUUUUGAUAAAGAAUAUGUGAUUUCCAGUUGCCAAACUGCUAAUAUGUGAUAGCCUACUAUGACGCAGCUGUGUCUGACUGAGCAGCAGCACUUCAUAAUUUGGCUAGCUUUUCACUACAUGUAUUUCUAUCGCAGGCAUGAAGAGUGCCGAAUACAAAAUUCAGCAAUGCCGCUGUGAAGACUGAUAUACAUUCAUGUCACUAACUUCACCUUAUGUUAGGUCCAUUGUCAAUUCAAGAUUAGACCAGUUGGUGACCACUUCGUCCUGAACAACCGGGCCCUAUCGACAUUAUUUGCAACAGUCCUGGACUAACUCCAUUUCAACCUCAAUCUCGAUCUUUUCUUCUGCAGAUUCUCCUGGCGCGAUGAUCUGAUGCUAAGGUUUUUAAGAAACAAGUUGGCGCAAUCAACUUGUCUUAGCUUGCAUUUGAGUGUGUUUUCUUUUGCAUUACGGAAAGGCCAUUUUUGGUGUAAAAUGGGGGUUUCUUUAUUGACUGCUAAAGGGGUUGUUAAGGAGGGGCAAGAGUCCUAUUGAUAUUACAGUGACAGCAAUUUGUUGGCCUUUCUGUUAAUGUGGAAUACUUUUUUCGGCAUGUUUUCAUCGAUUCUUGUAAUUUGAUUUGAAUUAUUUUGCCUUUUUAUUAUUUUCAGAAAAGAGUUUUUACAUUAUCAUGCAGAUUUCUGUUUGUGGUUACGAAUGCUAAGCACAUUUAUAUGUACCUUAAUUUUGAUGCCAAUGAUCAAGGGAUGGCCAGCCCGAAAUUGAUGUAGUAUAGGCAUACUUUAUUUCUAAGAUAAAACAAUUGAGACUUUCAAAAUGUCAUCAGCGUCAACACAAAAUGGCUCAUCCCUUCGCGUGGUAUUCAUGAAUAAACGAUGUUUUCUCCCAUUUCUGCAUGUUUCCAAGAUGCACCAUGACUUCAAAUUUAUGCAAAUGAGGUUGUGUCCUUCGUGAAUAUUCAUUUUAUAAAUAAUUUACUUGUGAUUCACUUGUAAUUGUGACGUGAGAAAGUGAACUUUGUAGUGUUGGAUAUCCUGUGUAUUUGCAUGUUAAGUUUCAGUUCAUUAUAUAAUGUCCGGUAAAUUUUGCCAGUUGUUCAUACUUUUUUCUCUGCCUUGUGCAAUGUAACCUUCUGGGACUGACGAUAUCUUGUUACAAACGGUGAAAAGAUGCAGCCUGGUGUAGUGGUGAUGUAAUCCGUGCUCAGAUUGUUGGACUAGUAUUUCAUCGGUUUGAGACAAGACCACAAUUGAUUUUUUAAGCCUUUUAGCAGUUAAAUUGUCAAUGUUUGACCGCGACGCAUCAAAGAACGCGUGGUGUUGUGAAUCUGAAAUUUAGAUUAUGUUAUUCCGGACAGUCGGGCAAGUAAAUGGUGAAAAAUAAAAUGGUGAUUGACCACGGAAAUUUUUUUUUAAUCGACAAAUUAGACAGACUUUGAUAUUUCCACUCUUUUCAGCCAACUGGCAGAAAAAACUCAAAACACGCCCCCCUAUUACCCAAUUAGCAAAAUUCGAAAUUAAUUUUUUCAUCAAAUAAUUUCUUUAUAUCUGUAGACUUGCCACAACAAAUAUUUUUUCAAUACCUCUCCAAAUAUGUACUUGAGAGUAAAAAACAUGCACUCGUCUAAUAGAUAGGCCUGGACCCUCCAACCUAUGAAUAUUCAUUAGUGGUCUUGUCUCGUUUGAAAGCCACAAGAUGGCUGCCGCCGUUAACAAGAUGGCUGCCGUUUCACAAGAUGUCAUAUUAUGCAUGCAGCAUGCUGCGAGAGGCGUCAGCUUCCCUGCGUCCCUUUCAUUUUAUGAAACAACUGUUCAUCUUUCAAAUUGUACCAAACUAUCUUCAGUUCUUUAAGGUUUGCUAAACCCUUUGACUUGUACUUGUACUGUACAUCAUCACAGGCCUACCUGCCUGUGUAGCAAGGCACCAUCUCUCGCUUCGGGCGCUCCAAUUUGAGAAGAUGGUCAACUGAACGCUGCUGCCUCCCACCUAUGACAGACGAAUGACCCAAUGGUGGCAAGGUCAAUGGCUUCUCAGGCUGUCCCUUGUGUUUCCAUGUCCUAUUCCCUGGUACAACCAAUGGUUUCCCUGCCAAACAAAAAGCAAAACAAAGGUUCAUUUUGUGUGUGUGGCCGGCAGUGUAUGGUGUGGCGCGUCACAAGGUCACAAGGUCCGCUAGCUUUUUGGUACCAAAAGUGUCGGCAGUUUUACAACUUGACCUCUGUAUGAAAUAGGACACCUCCCUGUUAAGAAGAGCAUUUGUCAGUCCCAAGGGUGUCCUUAAUAGAAGGGUUCCACGGGUAAUUAGAAAUUGGCACUGUGCUAACUUAAAAUAAUUGUAGCAUGAAUACUUUUUACUCUCUUCUGCUUCUGUCGUGAAUGGGGUUCUUAAGUGAGCAUUGUGUUUUUACCAGAUACUACUUCAUCAGUAGGCCCCCGAAGCGGCGAGAUUUCGUCAUCAUAUCUGUCUAGGAGGGACUCCGCUGAUAGAUAGUACUCAUUGAGCCCCAGUUUUAGGCCCAAAGAGUGAAGCCACAGGUUCCUCUUUGAUAUCUCGGCUGCCAUGACAACGAGGAUGACCUACCACACGACCUACUGGUUGUAACGGCUCACUCUGUUGGACACCAACAACACGGCUCGAGGUUUUCUUUCAAUUUCUGUUCUGAUCUCCAGAUUGCAUUUGUCUAGUCAAUGAUUUUAUUCCAUGUAUCCACGAACUCUUCCAGGGCUGAAAAACCUAAGAAUUUGAAGACGGUGGCCGUUUGCCUCCGAUGCCUGUUGUGAGCAAUUGCACACCUCGUGCUGGCUCGGGCGAAGCAGUUGAACAAUCGAUCAGUUGUUGUCACGACUUCCUAUAGAUGGUACUCCCAACUUGGAAGCUGUUGGCUCCUGACACAGAUUCAAAGUACAUGUAGUGUCACUACGUGUAAGGAGAAAAAAGUAUGGAAAUGGAGCUCAUCGCUUUAUGGCGGCGACUCCCGAUCAAUGCCUGCGAGCAAAUGUUCACGCCAUAGGAUGAGGGCUAUGUGCGAUAUCUUGAUAAUUGGUUUUUCAGUCCUGAAAGUGUACCUGUUUUUUUUAUGAACAUACUCAUCGACGCUCUGGUGUAAAUUAUUAUUUUUAGACAAACGCUCACAAGUGUGAUAUUCCAGUGUACAUAUACAAUGUAUGAUAUCAAAUAUAAAUAUUGUUUUCUAUGAUUUAA